CGACGAGUCUGUGUAUUUGUAAUGGCGUUAGCGAAGCUACGCGGGUGUUCACCAGGCGAACCCGAAGCAGGCAGUGGGUCCGGUUGGAAAAAGCGCCAAGUUCUGCGUCAGUGUGUAACUACUUUCUCCACGGACGCUGCGCUCGCUGGAGUCGCAGUUUCCUCUCCGUGAAUAGCAGCUGGAAAGAUGCCCAGUCUUCAGGGUGAGAGUGCCGUUGUGGGUCCGGGGAGCCCGAUGAGAAGGAACCGACUGUCCCUCAAGUUCUUCCAGAAGAAAGAAACCAAACGGGCUCUGGAUUUCUCCGAACCACCACCAGCAGCUGUAGCCGCAGCAGAACCAGAACAAGCCAAACCUCCAGAGGAGGAAGAAAGCAGUGACCAGGUGGUGCCCAAUGUGCCCCCGCAUCCCGCAUCGCCCGGCAUCUUGCCUCCUUGCGAGAAGAAGGACAGCCUGGUGCCCUUUGUGGGACUCAACAACCUGGGAAACACUUGCUAUCUGAACAGCAUCUUACAGGUCUUGUACUACUGUCCACGGUUACGGGAAGGUGUGAAGAAACUACACAACUUGUGCAAGACGGAGGAUGCUGAGGAAACGCUGCCCAUGUACAUUGAGCUCAUCGGGAGCUUCAACAGUCUGAUUUCGUCCAUGGAGCAGCUGCUGACCAACUUCCUGCUCAACCCUACAACCUUCAGCGAGGGAGAACUGGCCACACCGCCUCGCAAAAUCCUUCACACCCUCAGGCAGCUGAACCCCAUGUAUGACGGCUAUCUCCAGCACGACGCACAAGAGGUGCUGCAGUGCAUCCUGGGAUACAUGCAAGAAGCCUGUGACAACAUCAGAAAGCAGAAGGAGCCUGAGAGAACUCCUGACAACGACCCUCAAUCAGAGCCCAAAACGGACGUCACAGAAGAUGAGGCUCAACCCAGUGGCAAGAGGAAGAGUGACACCGAGUUGGGCAACGCCAAGAAGAAGCCCAAGUCUACCAAAAAGUCUGAGUCAGACAACAACAAAAUGAUGACCCGCUCUAAAAGGAAAUCAUCUGUUGAUGCAUCGCCGGAGGCAAACAAAGAAGAAGAAGAUGAGGAGGACGAGGAGAAGGAAGCCUCAAAGGAGAACGUUGAGAAGGAUGGAGUUGGGGAGCAGAAGAGAAGGAAGAAGAAGAAGGCAAAACUCGGGUGGCUGAGGCCGUCUGGCAAACAGCCAAGCAUCUUUUCCAAGUUCCUCAGUGUCGGCAAGAUCACGUCUGCGGUGAAAGUAAAACAAGAGGAAAAGCAUGAUCUAGUGACGGGCAAGAAGAGCUGUCCAGAGGAGUCGGCGGACGACAAGAAGGUGCCCAAACCCAAAGAUGAUCUGGACCUGAUGGAGCACUUGUUCCAAGGUCAGCUGGUUCUCCGGACCCGGUGCUUAGAGUGCGAGUGCUUCACUGAAAGGAGAGAGGACUUCCAGGAUAUCAGUGUCCCUGUCAUGGACGAAGAACCCAGCAGCCCAGACGACCUCUCUGAAGUCUCUCCUGAUCCUAAACCUGAAGUCAAGACUCUGAAUUGGGCGCUGGGCCAGUUUGCGUCGGUGGAGCGGCUGGUAGGGGAGGACAAGUACUUCUGUGAGACGUGUUGUCACUACACAGAGGCCGAGAGGAGCCUGCUGUUCGACAAAACCCCUGAGGUGGUCACCAUCCAUCUGAAACGCUUCUCUGCCAGCAGCUCACAGCUCGAUCCGUACGGUGGACUGUCCAAAGUCAACACCCCUCUGCAGACGCCCCUGACCUUGUCCUUGGACGAGUGGUGCACACCCACCUCCACCACCAAAGGUCACCAGUACCAGCUUUUUGCGGUGGUCAUGCACAGCGGCAUCACUAUCAGUUGUGGUCACUACACAGCCUUUGUCCGGGUCCGAAAUCUGAACGAUGUAAAGCUCCAUCUCAAGGAACGACGAGAGGCCGAGUCAGAGGAGGAGACCAAAGAGGAGGUGACCCACUACGAUGACGGGGAAGUGUCUCUGAGACAGAGGGACGACAGUUUCAUGAAGAAGGGAACCAAAAAGACUUCAGAAGGAGGGGUUGGCCUUUUGGGCGGCCAGAGGAGUUUCUCUGGCUGGGACAUGGGAUCUAAGCGCAGAAGAACCUUCCGUCUGGGACUUAAUUCUGAAUCUGGGGUAAAAACAGAACCCGAGGAAGGCGCGGUGGCUGAGAAAGAGCCAACGGAACGUGCAGGAGGGGAAGCGACGGAGCAGGAGGCAAUAAAGAUUCUCCAGGAAUAUGAGGGAAAGUGGCUUCUGUUCGACGACUCCGAGGUCCGGUUGUUCGAGGAGGCCGAGUUCAUGCAGGCCUGUUCGCCUGACACCCUCUCCUCAUCCACGCCGUAUCUGCUUUUCUACAGCCGGACUCCAGAAGAGGAGGCAGGGAAGUAACCGAGGUGGAUCGGCUGAGCGAACAGUACAUCUUGGCAGAGAAACAUUUUGACUUUUUUUUUUUUUUUUUUUAUAAACCAAUAGUUUUCUACUGAGUUUAUGUUGUUGUGUCAAAGGUCGUCUAUGCAUUCAUUCUUGGCUAGUCUAGAGUUUUCAUGAUUCAAGUCUAACAGGGAACGCACUUUACUUCAUGAUUGCAUUUUUCGAUAAAGCCUUUGACAAAAUUCAUUUUCUGGUGUUUUUGUCUCUCAACCUUUUGCUAUUUUCAGAUAUUGGACAUCAGAACUAUUUAGAGGACUGUCUGCAGCAUGAACCUCUUUUUGAGGCCAGUAGCAAACUUGCUGACAAAGAUGAGUCCCAACCAAACUUUAAGCAGGUGAUGAUGUUCUCGCUAAUAAAGGUUUUUAAAAGUACAUUUCCUAUUCACUGCUUUAUUUGCUGGUGUCUGCACCGUUUCAUCAACCCUGCAAGACUGUCUCAUGACACCUCAUCUGCCCAUCACUGUCUGUGA